AUGUGCAGCAUAAUCAAACGCACCCACACGGAGCUUAGUACGGAGCUAGAUUCCGAAAGAAGAAAAUCCAGACCAACCGAUGGUCUAAAACAGUUACGCAAGCUACCAGCAACAGUGACUGAAACGAUAGAAAUACCACCAAAAAAAAGAAAGAGAGUGGACUUAAGCCCUAAAGGCUCGGAGCAGGAACGCAAUACGCCCACUGCCAUGAAAACAAAAGCUGACACAGUUUCUCUGCAGAUGCCGUCUGACAAAUGGACAAAAGUCGAGAAAAAAGAAAAAUCGUCGAAAGUCAAAAAUAAGAUAAGAUCUAUAAGACCUAAAGCGGAUGCAAUUCUUAUAGAAAAAAAGGUGGAUGGUACGACAUAUGCGGACAUACUAAAGAAAGUGAAAGACAGUGGAGAGCUCAAAGCUCUGAGCGAAAAUGUCAGAACCAUGCGGCCAACUCAAAAUGGAGGGCUUCUCAUAGAACUAAAGAGGAGCAAAGAUGGAGGGUCAAGCGAUUACCACUCUGCUAUUGAAAAAGCCUUGGAAUCUAUUGCAACGGUCAAUCUUAAAACACAUACCGUUACAAUUCAGUGCAGAGACCUAAUAACAAACCUGAACACAGACGAAGAAUUACUUGAUGCAAUCGGCGAGCAAGCGCAGGUAAAAAAACCUAGAAAUGCUAGACAAAGGGUAUAUAUCUCGAAGAUGGAAGGCCUGUAUCAGGUGAGCUGCUGUGCUCCACCAAGAUGGUCUCUAGAAGACUUUGAGCGUUUGAUGGUUGCAAUGGAACUAGAAUUACGAGGGAAGCGUCUUAUUCUCAUUACUGGAGAUUUUAACGCUUGGUCAACAACUUGGGGCAGUACAUACACAAACCCAAGAGGAAGACUGUUAGAGGAAACAUUUUCCGCAAUGGAUCUGGUAUUGCUGAAUACUCCUGGAGUUUAUACAUUCGACUGCGUCAGAGGUAAAUCAAUAAUUGACUUGGCCUUUGCAGAUCGCGUCACAGCAAACAACACAAAAUGGAAAGUAGAGGAAUCCAUUUAUACUCACAGUGACCACAGGGCUAUAAUGUUGGAAGUACGCAGCACGGUAAACCAGCAAGUAGACAAAAGUGUGCGGCAGAAAAAAUGGAACCCAUCAGCCUUCAAUUCAGAAGCUUUUUCUAUAGUAUGGGAGGAUGCUCAAGUUUCCAAAACAACAGCAGAAAACAUGGCGGAACAAAUAGCUAUACAAAUGGAAACUGCGUGUGAUAUAUCUAUGCCAAGAUGCAAAUAUAGUGGCAAACGACAACCACUUUAUUGGUGGUCUAGCGAGAUAGCUGAUAUUCGCAGAGCCUGUAUAAAAGCACGAAGAAAAGCGCAAAGAGCUAGACGACAUAUUUCUUUCAAUGAGCUAUAUGCAGAGUAUCGCAUUCGAAAACAUGAUCUUAAAAAAGCAAUUGAAAAGAGCAAAAAUCGAUGCUUUAAGCAAAUGCGAGAUAGUGCUGAUGAAGAUCCAUGGGGUCUGGCUUACAAAAUCGUCAUGCAGAAAGUAAAAGGACCGAGGUCCCCACAGCCCACAUGCCCAAUUCUAUUGAAGGAAGUUGUUCUGGCACUUUUUCCUCCACAGGAGAAAAUGACCGAUCAGGUGUUUCAGGUGAAUUGGAAUACCAACAUACCACCAGUGACAUCAGAAGAAGUGAUGCAAACAUUGGGUCGUAUAUUGGGUCGUAUGUUGGACACAAUAGGGAAGGUUUUUGAACGAAUAAUAAGUGAACGUCUCCAGCAGUAUCUGGAAGGUCCCAAUGGCCUUUCUGAUAAGCAGAACGGUUUCCGGCGGGCUAGAUCAACGGUAGAUGCGAUUAGAACGGUAACAAAUAUUGCAAAGGAAGCUACCAGCGGAGGAUAUACUGCAAUGAAAUACUGUGCAGUCAUCACGCUAGACAUUAAAAAUGCUUUCAAUUCAGCAAAUUGGUCUGAGAUACUACUGGCACUCAAAACUCUGAAAGUACUUGAUUAUUUGGUACGCAUUAUUUGCAGUUACUUUAACGAUAGAAUACUGCAGUAUGACACAGAAAAAGGUAGAAAACAAUAUGAGGUCACUGGCAGGGUUCCACAAGGAUCAGUUCUUGGACCCACAUUGUGGAACGCUAUGUACGAUGGAAUCCUGAAAAUAAGACUUCCUGAUAAAGUGACAAUAGUUGGAUACGCUGAUGACAUCGCACUAGUGGUGGUUGACAAAAAGCUUGAUCACUUAGAAGCAAAAUGUAACGAUGCAGCAGCAAGAGUACAACGAUGGCUUAAAAAUGCAGGACUGGAGUUGGCGGUGCAAAAAAUAGAAGCAGUACUGAUAACCGCAAGAAAGCAGAAAAAGAAGAUGAAAAUCAUAAUUGGCGGGCAUGAAAUAUUAUCGCAAGAAGCAAUAAAAUACCUUGGAGUCAUAAUCGAUGCAAGACUGAGCUUCAAACAGCACCUUACAGCAGUAAGCUCUAAGGCAGCGGCAGUGAAUAGUGCAUUAACGCGAAUUCUUCCUAAUACAGGUGGUCCUCAGGGCGAAAGAAGGCGUCUUUUAUCUACUGUAACGGACUCUAUUAUAUUUUAUGCUGCUCCUAUAUGGGCAGCAGCAAAAAAGCAUCAGCUACGUCUGGUAGCACAAAUAUACAGACGCAGUGCGUUACGGGUUGCCUGCGCUUAUAGAACAGUCUCUGAUGAUGCAAUCUGCGUCAUUGCUGGAAAACUGCCAGUUGACAUACAUGCAAAAGAGUUAGGCCGUCUUUAUGGCGGGCAAGGCAUAACACCUACGAUAGAUCAAAAAUCUGCCGAACGCGUAUAUUCAUUUAGAGAAUGGCAGCAAAGAUGGGAGCAGUCCUCUAAGGGACGUUGGACAUAUACACUUAUACCUAACAUUAAGGAAUGGGUGUUAAGAAAACAUGGUGAAAUUGAGUAUAAUCUGAGUCAAAUAUUGAGCGGCCACGGAGGCUUUUUAGAAUAUCUUUACAGAUUUCAUCUGUCAGAUAGUCCAUACUGCCCAAACUGCCACAACGUCGUAGAAAGUGCAGAACAUGUAGCCUUUAGCUGCGAACGGUUUAAUGAAGAACGGGAAAUACUUGUGGAGGCCCUAGGAUAUCUACCAUCUCCUAGCAGCAUUGUACAUGAAAUGUGCUUAAGUAGCUUUAAAUGGAAGGCAGUUAAAACAUUCGCAACUCAAAUUAUGCGGCGUUUGCGACUUCAGGAAGAGGAAAGAAGAACAGCUGCAGUGCAUGUAUCAUUGCAACUAUGA